AUAUAUUUCAAUCCACAAAACACUUUUCCUAUAAUCACCUCAUAAACAAAAUCCCAAAAUAUAAUUCAGAAUGGGUAAGAGUUCUUCCAUGGCAGUGGCAGAGAAGAUCUCUUGGUAUUGUGCAGUGUUUGCCGCCAUGAUGCUGCUGAUGAACUCCUUCCAGGUGGCAGAGGAGGGUUCCACGGAGAUCGUGGAGCAACAACAGCCGUCUAUGAUGAUCACCGGAUAUUCUGAUCGACGGCCAGCAUGCGAUGAAAUAUACGAAGUGAAAGAAGGAGAGACAUUGCAGACGAUAAGUGAGAAGUGUGGAGAUCCUUAUAUUGUUGAAGGGAAUCCUCAUAUACAUGACCACGAUGAUCUUUUCCCGGGUCUUCUCAUUAGAAUCACUCCUUCAUUUUAAUCUCAAGUGAUUAUGUAUAAAUUGUUAUGAAUGAG